AUGAACUUUGUUUUUCUUUUUAUCAUCUUAUCCGUAGCCACCAUUUAUAGCAUAAAUGCAUAUCCUAAUUACAAGCAAUUGCAUACUGUGUCCACUGACACCAAUGCAAGGGAUUCGAUAGAUAAAUUAAGGAAAACUGCCAUAAAUAAAUACUCUCGCUACAAAGAUCUUGCUCUAACUUCUAAUGCUACAACUUCUAACUAUAAAAUGUCCUCCGAUGUAUCAACUUCUAACAAUGAAAUAUUCUCUCAUGUAUCAACUUCUGAAAGUCAAACCAUCCCUAUAAUUGAUGAUAAUCCAGAUAAAGCAUAUUAUGUAAAAAUCAUUAUUGGAAAUCAAGAAUUCAAAGUUAUGUUAGACACAGGGUCUUCAAGUCUCUGGAUUCCAAAUAAGGAUUGCACUUCCGAUGCUUGCAAAGGCCAUAAUAGAUUUGAUUCAAGUAGUUCGCCAACAUUUAAGGACGAAGGGAAUCCAUGGGAUAUCCAAUAUGGGCUUGGCAAUGCCUCUGGUAUUACCGGAAUAGAUAGUAUCCAAAUUGGAAACAUUACCGCUGAUAAUCAAAUUUUUGGUCUCGCUAAUAGUGAAUCUGAUGAUUUUGGCUAUGAUGAUUUCGAUGGAAUUUUAGGAUUAGGCUUUGACAAUUUAAAUGAUUUGGAUAAUGGAUCAUCGACCCUAAUUUCUACUUUAAUUAAACAAAAUAAAAUUAACCCAAUUUUUGGCUGUCAUUUCCAACAUGCAUCAGGCGUUGAUGAUGGAACAUUUACAUUAGGUGGAGUUGAUGAAAGUAAAUUUAUUGGUGAAAUUACAUUCAAUUCUGUGAUUAAUACAGUUGGAUUUUGGGAAAUAAACCUUGAUGGUGUAAAACUUGAUGACACGCCAAUGUCUAUUUCCGGAAGGAGUGCAAUCAUUGACACUGGUUCUACAGUUCUUUUUGUACCUUCAGAUGACGCAGCAGCAAUUAAUAAGCAAAUUCCGGGAGCCGAAUUUGAUAACAAAACAAAUACUUACAAAGUCCCAUGUCCUCCUGAUCCUUGUUGCACUUCUACAUCUUCCAUUCCUACAAUUUCUCUUAGAUUUGGAGGUGUUGAUUAUACAAUUCCAUCAGAGGAUGUAAUUUAUAAUUCAUUGUUCCAAUGUAUAACAGUUAUCGUUCCCUUUGAUCUUGAGGGACAUCCUAAUACCUGGGUCGUCGGCCAAUCAUUCUUAAAGAAUGUAUAUUCAGUAUUUGAUGUAGAAAACAGAAAAGUUGGAUUUGCACAUAGUAAAUAA